AGUCCCAGAUGGACAGCUCCAUCCACUCGCAUUUCCCUCUGUUUCACGACCAUGGCGGGCCACGGGGAUAUGCAUUACCCGCUGCACAAGAGCGUCGCGAACUUCGUCCUCUCCGUGCUGGUCGUCCUGCCGUCGCUCCUCAUCGCGCGCAAGUUCAUCGCCGACGCCAAACACCUUCCGCCCUCCGCAUUCUCCUCGCCCGCUUCACCACCUGACAUCGACCUAACCGCCGUGGCCGCCGCCGCCGCUGACGCUACCGGUGGGGGGAAUCCCGAGUGGUGGUGGCGGGUGGUGGCGUGGGGCGUGCGGCGGCCCAUCGGGUGCGUGUGCGCGCUGUUCGCGCUGAACGUGGACGUGCUGUUCUGGGUCAUCAGCCUGCUGCAACGCUCCACGUGGUUGAUCGACCCGUACUGGACCUUCAUCCCGCCGCUCAUCCUCGAGUUCUACUCCGCGCAUCCCGCCGCCUCCACCUGCGCUCCGCGCGCCCGCCUCGUGCGCGUGGUUCUGCUUCUGUGGAGCGCGCGCCUGACGCACUCGUACCUGCGGCGGGAGCAGUGGCGGUGGGGGUGGCGCGAGGACUGGCGGUUCAGCGACAUGCGCAGGCAGUACGGGCGCCACUGGUGGUGGCUCUCCUUCCCGCUCGUCUACGUCUUCCAGCACGUACUCCUAGUCGGCCUCACUCUGCCUCUCUACGCAGUGCAUGCCUCCGCCUCUCCCUUAUCCCCUCUCGACCUCCUAGCCGCCUCCCUCGCUCUCACAGGCAUCGUCACAGCGGCUGUAGCCGACACUCAGCUCCACGCCUUCAUGACCAACAACGACCGUUUACGAGCAGCCGGUAAGCCGUCGGUUCUGCUGCUGGACUCGGGCAUCUGGCGCUACUCCCGGCACCCAAAUUAUUUCGGCGAGCAGCUUUUCUGGUGGGCGCUGGCGCUCUGGGGCUGGAAUGCUGGGAUGGGGUGGACGGUGGUGGGCACGGUGGUGAAUUCGCUGUGCAUGGUGGCGGUGACAGUGCUGGUGGAGAAGAGGAUGAGGGGCAAGGAGGAGAGGAGAGAGAUGUUUGAGGCGUAUUGCCGGCGGACGUCCAUGUGGGUGCCAUGGUUUGCAGGCAAGCAAGGAAAGGUGGAAUGAUGGAAAUUCCUAAGGAUUGGGCUUCUGUUUAUUUUACGUUAAAAAACGUUAUUCACGCUGACAUACCUAGGACUACCAUUGACUGAUUGGAGUCAAAUUUGAGAUUGUGAAAGCUUGCUUGGGUCACCUUGGCAAAGGCAGCGUGCUUCAUUUCAUAUGGGCUACA